GCUCUUUCUCUGCUGCAAGCCUGUCUUCACGACGUUUUGCGACAGUGCCGUGCGCCAAUACGCUGUCGUUACCGAGUGAAGUGCGUCUCUUUGGAGCAGAUACCGGCUGUGAGAAACGCAGCAACAAGAGAAAGGAAUAUAUUUCAGGCUCGUUUUCCACCUGGACUAUCUCCGAGCACCGCGCAUCCCUUCCGGUACAUAAAAUUUGACCCAAAAGCUCGAUGUGAAUGCUGGGCUGAAGGAAGAAAGGGCCACGCUGGGGAAGGCAACUAGCUGAAUUACCUCACCGAGCUCGUUGGAGUAGCCUAGUUGCCUCCCAAGCGACGCUUCAAAAAGGGAAGGAGCAGAUACAUUUAGCCCAACCAGUCGUGAAAAUGGACUAUGAUUUUAAAGUCAAGCUGACCGGCGAAAGAGAGCGUGUCGAGGACCUGUUUGAGUACGAAGGAUGCAAAGUGGGAAGAGGCACCUACGGUCAUGUAUACAAAGCGAAGAGAAAAGAUGGGAAGGAUGAUAAGGACUAUGCCCUCAAGCAGAUUGAAGGCACUGGCAUCUCCAUGUCAGCCUGCAGAGAGAUUGCGCUGCUGCGGGAGCUGAAGCACCCCAAUGUCAUCUCACUGCAGAAGGUUUUCCUGUCACAUGCAGACCGUAAAGUAUGGCUGCUCUUUGACUACGCCGAACAUGAUCUCUGGCACAUUAUUAAGUUCCACAGAGCUUCUAAGGCCAACAAGAAGCCACUGCAGCUGCCUAGAGGAAUGGUCAAAUCUCUGCUCUACCAGAUCCUGGAUGGCAUCCAUUACCUCCACGCCAAUUGGGUCCUCCACAGAGACCUUAAACCAGCUAACAUUUUAGUGAUGGGGGAAGGGCCAGAGAGGGGUAGAGUAAAGAUUGCGGACAUGGGGUUUGCCCGUCUCUUCAAUUCACCGCUGAAGCCUUUAGCCGAUCUCGACCCUGUGGUGGUCACUUUCUGGUACAGAGCACCUGAACUACUGCUAGGGGCUCGGCACUACACCAAAGCCAUCGACAUCUGGGCGAUUGGCUGCAUCUUUGCAGAGCUGCUGACAUCUGAGCCCAUAUUCCACUGUCGCCAAGAGGACAUCAAGACCAGUAACCCUUACCACCAUGACCAACUGGAUCGCAUCUUUAACGUCAUGGGCUUCCCUGCUGAUAAAGACUGGGAGGACAUCAAAAAGAUGCCAGAACACUCCACGCUGAUGAAAGACUUUAGAAGGAACACAUAUACAAACUGCAGCCUUAUAAAGUACAUGGAAAAACAUAAAGUCAAACCAGAAAGCAAAGCAUUCCACUUGCUGCAGAAGCUGUUGACGAUGGACCCCAUCCGUAGAAUCACAUCGGAGCAGGCCAUGCAGGACCCUUACUUUUUGGAAGAGCCCCUGCCCACAUCUGAUGUGUUUGCAGGCUGCCAGAUUCCCUAUCCCAAGAGAGAAUUCCUAACAGAGGAGGAGCCCGAGGACAAGGCAGACAAAAAGAACCAGCAGCAGCAACAGGGAAACAAC